CGCCUCCCUCCACCGCACCAAGAUGACUUUCUGCUACCAGAACCAGUGGGAAGAUUCCUGCUACUCCCCGUGCAGCUACCGCACCUGCGACUGGGGGAGCUGGGGGAGCCCCUGUGGUUACCGCAGCUACGGCUGGGGGAGCCCCUGUGGCUACCGCGGCUCCUGGUGGCUGAGCGGCUGCCGGGACUGGUGCCCCUCCUACAGCUCCCGCUGGUACUCCCCCUGGUCUACCCGCUGCACCCGCCGCUACAGCGUGGGCAGCUGCUCCCCCUGCUCCUCCUGGUAAAGGCGAAAUAGCGAUGCAUGGCUCCCGUGAGAAUUUGAGUUCCUGAUACAGUGACUGCGGUCAGGAAUAGCACUAGAGCGCUUUCACCUCUCUCCAGCCUCUUCAAGCAAUAUUGAAUAACCUGCAUUAAGGUAAACUCUUCCUACAUAGCCUUUCGUCAUGUUCGUGCUGCGUGUUUCGGUGCAGAGCUUUGCGCCAGGAGGUGCAGAGCUCGCCCCCAAAGCAAAGCACCUGCUGCGAAGUGUGGAAACUGCACUGAAAGAAUGUAUGCAUCCCGGGAUGGUCCUCCUUGUCUGCUUAUCUGUAGUUGCUGUAUACAUUGCUGCUUCUUCUCAUUAAAAGAUCUUGCAUCACAGC